AUGUCGAUUUCUUGUACCAGAAACUUCUUCGAAAGAUUCUGUGUCGAGGAAUACAAUAUUGACACGGUAAAACAGAGUAGUUUCCUCUCCGCCGAUCUUUUGCCAUCUCUUGGAGCCAGAAUUAACCAAUCAACAAAGCUCAGGAAACACAUAAUCUCUCCUUUCAAUACAAAAUAUAGAGCAUGGGAGAUGUGGCUAGUGUUUCUUGUUAUUUACUCAGCUUGGAUUUGUCCGUUUGAAUUUGCAUUCAUCACCUACAAAAAGGACGCGAUUUUCAUCAUCGACAACAUCAUCAAUGGCUUCUUCGCCAUCGAUAUUGUUCUCACUUUCUUCGUCGCCUAUCUCGAUAGCCACUCUUAUCUUCUAGUUGACAAUCCUAAGAAGAUAGCAAUAAGGUACCUUUCAACAUGGUUCGCUUUCGAUGUGUGUUCGACAGCACCAUUUCAGCCUUUGAGUCUCUUGUUUAACUACAAUGGGAGCGAACUAGGAUUCAGGAUUCUUAGCAUGCUUCGGUUAUGGCGUCUAAGACGAGUUAGCUCGCUGUUUGCAAGGCUCGAGAAAGACAUCCGUUUCAACUAUUUCUGGAUUCGAUGCACAAAACUCAUCUCGGUCACUUUGUUCGCUGUGCACUGUGCUGGAUGUUUCAACUACCUGAUUGCAGAUAGAUACCCUAAUCCAAGAAAGACAUGGAUUGGAGCUGUGUACCCUAAUUUCAAGGAAGCAAGUCUUUGGAAUAGAUACGUGACUGCUCUUUACUGGUCAAUCACUACAUUGACUACAACAGGGUAUGGAGAUUUGCAUCCUGAGAAUCCAAGAGAAAUGUUGUUUGACAUUUUCUUCAUGUUGUUCAACCUCGGUUUGACGGCUUACCUGAUUGGAAACAUGACCAACCUAGUCGUUCACUGGACUAGCCGAACCAGAACCUUUAGGGAUACAGUGAGAGCUGCUUCAGAGUUUUCUUCAAGAAACCAACUCCCACACGACAUACAAGACCAAAUGUUAUCACACAUUUGCUUAAAGUUCAAAACAGAGGGCUUGAAACAGCAAGAAACUUUAAACAAUUUGCCAAAAGCAAUCCGUUCAAGCAUUGCAAACUACCUCUUCUUCCCAAUUGUUCAAAACAUUUACCUCUUUCAAGGAGUCUCUCGUGACUUCCUCUUUCAACUGGUUUCAGAUAUAGAUGCUGAAUACUUCCCACCUAAAGAAGAUAUAAUCCUACAAAACGAAUCUCCUACGGAUCUUUACAUUCUUGUCUCAGGAGGAGUGGACUUCACAGCCUAUGUUGAUGGACAUGAUCAGAUUCAAGGGAAAGCAGUGAUUGGAGACACAUUUGGAGAGAUUGGUGUUUUAUGCUAUAGACCACAACCUUUCACAGUAAGAACAACCGAGCUAUCUCAGAUACUACGGAUUAGCAGAACAUCGCUGAUGAGCGCCAUGCACGCUCAUGCUGAAGAUGGACGAGUUAUAAUGAACAAUCUCUUCAUGAAACUUAGAGGACAACAGUCUAUAGCAAUAGAUGAUACAAAUACUGAUCAAGAAAACAGAAUUUUCCAACGAAUGGGAUGGGAAGAGUGGAGGGAUUCAUCAAGAAAAGAUGUUAAGAAUCAAGAAUCGAGUUCCGAAAAUGGAGAACAGGCUCUGAUGGAUGCAAUUCACAAGGGAGACACUGAAAUGGUUAAGAAGCUACUUGAAAGAAGGAUUAACAUUAAGAAACCAAUGGCUCUUGCGGAAGAACAAGGAAAGAAAAGCAUACAUGAUCUCUUACUAAGUUACGAGAUGAAAAAAGAUCAAGAACAGAAGUCAGAGAGAGAAAAAAGAGGGAAAUCGGAUGGAGAAACCAAAGAAAGAAGUUACGGUAACGAUUCAGAUGAAUGUUGCAGCUCCAGCGUCCAAGUCAAGCCAUGUAAAGGAAAAGAGAAGAGAGUUACUAUUCACAUGUUGUCACAAGAUCAAGAUCAGAAAGAUUUAUCACAACGACAUAACGGGAAGUUGAUACUCUUACCUUCAUCCUUAGAAGAGCUUCUAAGACUGGCAGGUGAAAAGUUUGGAGGAUGCAGCUUUACAAAGAUCACCAGUGUGGAGAAUGCUGAGCUUGAUGAUUUAGAUGUUAUUUGGGAUGGUGAUCAUUUGUUAUUUUCAUAA